AUGUUCUUUGGUUCUAAUUCUAACCAUAGCUUCACAUUAUACAAGAGCAAGUUAUCACCUGGAAAGUUAUUUGUCGAAAACCUUAAUAUUCCGAAUUCAACAGUCGAAGUUACAGAGAAUAAUAUGACAAUUGAUGACUGGAACAAUAUUUUCCUUUUCUAUGAGAAGAAUGAAUCCGAUACACACUCCGUUGUCGGUGUUCAAAGUUUCAACAAGACAAGCAACGAGACAGUCUACAGUAACUUCUGGAGAACAUCAGAAAGAGUUAUCGAAGUCAAAAAGAUCCCAUUCGAAUAUAACGCUAAGUUUGGUUACAACUCAAUAGAACUUGAUAACGAGACAUUCACAUACAUCCUGUUCCCAGAUGGAAACCAAGUAUUUGCAACCUUCAUCAACACUCAAGAUAUCUUCUUUGACAAUGGUCAGAAACUGAAUGAAGUCCUCACAAUCAACAACAAUACAUACAUUGGCUUGAAACCGAAGAAUCCGGUUCAACUCGAGUUUUAUGUUACAGAAACAAACAACGAGUGUGAGACGGUUGAUGCGAUGAUCAAUGGUGCAGACAAACAAGCGGUUUUCGAUUCUUCAAACCUCGGAAUCAACAGGAAACAUUGUCUCAUUCUAGCAUCGAAAUACGAUAUGGACUACACAUUAUACUACAGUUCAGACAUGAAUCGAAAUAAUGUUGUCUACAUCAGAGAUAUAAAUCAAAAUUCAAUAGAACACAAUCUUCAUGAACACAGAAUACAUAAUAUUUCGAAAACAAAUUUUUCAUUGGUUGUUCUAAACAAUAUCGACAACACAGGCAAGUUCGGCAUCUAUACUUGCAAAUUUUCAUCAUCUUCAGUUUCAACAGAAGGACUGAUGACAGGAUUGUUCUUCGGUAACAUCGAACACUCAAUUUCACCUAAUAUCCAAAUGAAGAAUCUCUACAUUGCAAACUUUGAUAAACACACUUUGAACAUUUCUAACACUGAAGAUACAAUCAUUGACUUCCACAGUAAGGAAGGAUUCAAAUCUACAAUCAUCAUAUUCAACAAACAAUACUUCAUCAGUCAAAACGAAGUUUAUGACAUUCAACGACCAUUGUUUGUUCGAUCUUCAUCAGGAUAUCACAUCUUGUAUUUCAAAUUGAUCCUCGUUGAAUAUGGUUGCAAGAAUUCAUACAUCAUCAAUGGCAAUGGUACAUCAUAUUUUGUCAAUCUCCAACAGACAGAUGGUUUAAUUUGCAUGCACUUCGUUUCAUAUUCUGAUUCUCGUAUCACUGUUUUCGAUCCAGAAGAUGUUGAUUUGAUCAGAUACGGAAACAACUACAUGAUCGAUAAUUCAUAUUCAAUUGAACGAGGUGUCACACUUCGAAUCAACAAUACUCAACGAAUCAACUCAAUUGCAGGUGUUGCAAGCAUCGAAGCGAUAGAAUCGAAUCCAGAAGAAUUUUCAAUAGGAAUCUUUAACAAACAAUUUGAUAUCUCAACAUAUCCAAAAACAACAAUACAUGAAUCAAGAGAAG